AUGCGUCUUCCUCCAAGAUCUCGUACUUACAGACGUCUACUGACCUGGAUCGAGCCUUGUCGAAGUAGUAGAUGCGGGUUUGAGACGAUAUGUCAUCCCUCAAAUUUCUCUCUCUCGCUUUCUCUCUCUCUCUCUCUCUCUCUCUCUAUUAGAAGCCAAAUUGACGUUCUUAAUGUUUCUUAUUACUAUAAGCCUUUCAAUGCUUCGACCGUUCAACGUCAUCCAUCUCUUCAGCGCGGCCGGACGAACCAGAAAGCAAUGCAACUGACAAUUACAUUCUUUCUUUCUUUCUUUCUUUCUUUCUUUCUUUCUUUCUUUCUAUCCAUCUAUCUAUCUAUCUCAACCUUUCUCAACUUUUGUACAUAUCUAUCUAUCUAUCUAUCUAUCUAUCUAUUUCAACAUUUGAAUUCUAUAUAUCUCAACCUUUAUAUCUAUCUCGCUCAAUCUUUGUACAUAUCUAACUCAACUUUUGUACAUAUCUAUCUAUCUAUCUAUCUAUCUAUCUAUCUAUCUAUCUAUCUAUCUAUUUCAACCUUUGAAUUCUAUAUAUCUCAACCUUUGUACAUAUCUAUCUAUCUCAACCUUUUUACAUCUCUCUCUCUCUCUCUCAACAUUUUCAAAGCUUUCUAUCUUUUUUCUUUCUUUAUUUUCCUUAUUUAUUUUCUUCUUAAUUUCUUUCUUUACAUGUCGCUUUUGUUAUUUGUUUCUUUUUUGUUUCAUUCAUUAUUUAUUUCUGUUUUUUUUCUUUCGUUAUUUGUGUCUGUCUUACAUUCCUGUUUUCUUUCAUUAUUUAUUUUUUGUCUUUUUUGUCUUGCUUUCCACUGUUAUUUCUCUACCUGCUUUAUCGUGGCCUUCUCUUACUUUAAUUUUGUUUCUGUCCUCUUUCACUCUUUCUUGUUUUGUUUUCUUCUAGCCUUCCACGUUUACUAUAAAUUUCUUUCUUCUUUCUUUCUUCUUUCUUUCUUUCUUUCUCUACCCACUCCUUCCACGUUUACUAUAAACUUUCUUUAUUCUUUCUUUCUUCUUUCUUUCUUUCUUUCUUUCUCUACCCACUGUUAUUUCUCUACCUGCUUUUUCGUGGCCUUCUCUUACUUUAAUUUUCCUUCCACGUUUACUAUAAACAUACUUUCUUCUUUCUUUCUUCUUUCUUCUUUCUUUCUUCUUUCUUCUUUCUGUCUUUCGUUCUCUACCCACUGUUAUUUCUCUACCUGCUUUUUCGUGGCCUUCUCUUACUUUAAUUUUGUUUCUGUCCUCUUUCACUCUUUCUUUUUUUGUUUUCUUCUAGCCUUCCACGUUUACUAUAAACUUUCUUUCUUCUUUCUUUCUUCUUUCUUUCUUUCGUUCUCUACCCACUGUUAUUUCUCUACCUGCUUUUUCGUGGCAUUCUCUUACUUUAAUUUUGUUUCUGUCCUCUUUCACUCUUUCUUUUUUUGUUUUCUUCUAGCCUUCCACGUUUACUAUAAACUUUCUUUCUUCUUUCUUUCUUUCUUUCUUUCUUUCUCUACCCACUGUUAUUUCUCUACCUGCUUUUUCCCUUCCACGUUUACUAUAAACUUUAAUUUUUCUUUCUUUCUUCUUUCUUUUCUUUCUUUCUUUCUUUUUUGUAUUUCUUCUAGCUUUUUCCCUUCCACGUUUACUAUAAACUUUUAUUUAUUCUUUCUUUCUUCUUUCUUUCUUUUCUUUCUUUCUUUCUUUUCUUUCUUUACCCACUCCUUCCACGUUUACUAUAAACAUACUUUUCUUCUUUCUUUCUUCUUUCUUUCUUUCUUUCUUCUUUCUGUCUUUCCCUUCCACGUUUACUAUAAACUUUCUUUCUUCUUUCUUUCUUUCUUUCUUUCUCUACCCACUCCUUCCACGUUUACUAUAAACUUUCUUUCUUCUUUCUUUCUUCUUUCUUUCUUUCUUUCUUUCUUUCUCUACCCACUCAACUGUGUUUCUUCGAUCUCUGUUUCUGCAUUUCGUUUUUUUCCCGCCUAUUUAGCCCACAGUAAUAACCGACCGAUGCCAAGAAUCAACACCAUUCUUUGCCAUCAUUUCCCUUUACGUGUCAUUACUAAAAGAGACGACAUUUGUCACUCUGUCAAAUGGCUUGUGCUUUAUCGUCUUCUGUCUCUAUCUGCAAGAAUUCCUUAG